CUAGCAACCAGUUGGCGACGGUCUUUGCAUGUGCCACGACACGAAAAUCCAGCGAGCAGAAAAGUUGCGUGAAAAUUCAACGUCGAAUCGUGUGAUUCACUGACCUUUGCACGGUGAUCGACAGGAAGCUGAUUUAUCGCGUUUCAGAUGCAAUCCACAUAGAAGCGAUGAAAAAGCGCGGCAAUUAUGAAAACAAAGGCGGAAAAGGACGACAGAACGAAAUGAACGGCCCGGAAGACAAGAAAAAUGAGAAAAACGAUGUUGAGAAGGACGUGGAUAAUCAAGGAUUCAGCGAAUGGUUAAGAUCUAACAGCGGUCUCGAAAUGAUGCGACUGUUCGUAAUCGCCAAUUCGAUUUUAGUUUUUGUCACGAUGGGAUUUCCAAAAAUGCAGGAAGCUAUGAGUAUUCUGAAGGAAUACUAUUUCGGGGAAACGGAAUAAGCGG